AUGUCUCUCCCCGGUCUGGAGCUCACACAGCCCUCGGAGGAGAGGCACUUGGCUAGCGCCCCGCCGUCGCAGAUCAGUCUGAAGGCUGGCAGUGAGUGGCGCUUUGAAGUGGCCUUCAGCCACAUUAUUAGAGUGAAGCUCCUCACGGGUACUGCGGAGCUUUUCGGCACAGAGCUCGCUGAGUUACAGACAUAUACCUUUUCGGGAACAAAAGCAGCCAUUUACACGUGGCACGGAUGUGAAUUGGAGGUUAGUGCUGCCGACACCGGGAAUACUGCGACUUCGGACGGGGUAAACGCAGUCGCGGGCCACGGUGCCGGGGGCUGUCAAAGCGAGUACAUGGCCGAGGAGACCCCAAUGACGGAAUACGCGAAUCUUCACUUUGCAUUGGAAUCCAUGCGACAAGAUGCCCAGGGGUCGGGCAAAGACGGGCCCCGAGUGCUCUUGUUGGGUCCGGAGGACGCGGGCAAGACCAGUCUGGCGAAGAUUUUGACGGCCUACGCGACAAAAGUUGGUCGCCAACCUGUCGUUGUCAAUCUUGACUCUACGGAGGGCAUGCUUAGCGUGCCGGGCACUCUGACCGCGACGGCCUUUCGAACGAUGCUCGACAUUGAGGAAGGAUGGGGCAGCAGUCCGAUGUCCGGGCCAAGUCCAGUUCCUGUGAAGCUUCCCCUGGUCUACUGCUACCCUUCGGCUAAUCCUCUUGAUGCUGAAGGGUCGGUGUACAAACCGAUCGUCUCGCGUCUGGCACUGUCGGUCAUGGGCCGCUUGGCGGAAGACGAGGAAGCUCGCGAAACGGGUAUCAUUGUCGAUACGCCCGGCAUUCUCAGCUCCGGCAAACCGGGCAGUCUGGAACUGAUCAACCACAUUGUCACCGAAUUUGCGAUUACGACGAUUGUCAUUCUCGGAUCCGAGCGGCUAUACAGCACCAUGGUCAAGCAGUACGAUCAAAAGCCCAGCGCCAGCGCUUCAGCCACCAUCUUUGACGAGCGCGUCUCCGUGCUAAAGUUGUCCAAAUCAGGAGGCUGCGUUGACCGGGACGAGACCUUCCGCAAAGCCACUCGCGAGUCGCAGAUUCGGUCCUACUUCUUCGGCACGACGAUUUCCUCGAGCGCUUCGGCGGCACUCUCCUUGUCGUCAAUUUCCUCCUCGGCCGUGACUCUGUCCCCACACGCGCAAGUGAUGGACUUUGCGUCAUUGUCUGUAUACAAUUACACGAUCUUCUCGAGCGACGAUGACGAGGAGGAUGAAUACGACCCUUCUUCGCUGGGCAUGAGCGGCUCGUUCCUCCCGAGCGGUGCAGACGAUUCGGCGGCUCACAAUUCCAACUCUGAUCGUGCAGCACCUCUCCCCGGUGUGGUGGGAUCAUUCAGCGAGAAUAAACAGACAUCUGGCUCUGAAUCGUCUAGUCAUGUCCCACUGAAGAAAGUCCUCCCGCCAGCUCCAUCUGCGCUGGCCAACACCUUGAUCGCCGUCACCAAUGCCUCGACAACCUCAACGCCUGCUCAGGUUCGCGACGCGAGUAUCAUGGGCUUUCUGUACGUUGCCGAGGUCGAUGCGGACAAGGGCAAGAUCAGGGUACUUGCACCAAUUGGUGGGAGACUUCCACCCAGGGCGAUGAUCUGGGCUCGCCGCUGGCCGACGGAGGUCGUCGGUCUAGUGGGAUGA